AUGAGGGCUAUUAUAUGUUACACAGAUGAAAAAUGCAUAAAAUUUAGUUGCAGGCCGCAGAAGAAGACGACGACGCUAACCCAGGUUACUCAUGAUCAACAACAUGGAUUUGAUGUAUUAGUGAGUGAACUUCAUAACACAGAAAAUGUCGAAUAUCAGACAAGGCUGCUUUCUUUCAUCAACUGUCUAACACUGGGCUGCCACAAUGUCCACAAGCGUGUGCAGAUCAGGAAUGAAUUUCUUGGUCGUGGGCUUGGACCAAUCCUGAGUUCACUAAGUGCAACUGAUGAUAAGGAGCUACAUAUGCAAGUUUCGGCAUUCAUUGAUUACCAACACAGAGAUGAGAUGGAACUAGAAUCAACAAAACAACUAACUCAUCAUCAGUUGUUUGAAACAAUAUUCAAAAAGAUAGCAGAUACACCACAUGCUGUCAGGUUCCACUCCAUGCUACAAAAGCUUGCACAGCUAGAUCCAACAAAUCCAAAUGUGUAA